GAGCUAUUGCUUUUCACAGUACCCAUUUCUCCCUUUGAGAAAGUAAAGCAAGGGAGAGACAGACAUGUGUAUCUUCAAAUCCUCUGCAACCCACUUGCUACUUCUUUCUCUGUUUUCGUUGCUAAGCUUUGCAAGUGAAGCAGCUCCAAUAUACAGCGCUCAUGACUGCACAAAUGGAUCUUAUUACCAACCCAACACAACUUUCCAAGCCAACUUAAAAGUCCUCCUCUCAUCCCUUGUCUCCAACGCCACCCUCCACGACGGUUUCUACAGCACCAACAUCUCCCUCGGAAACCCUGGCCAGGUCAAGGGACUCUUCCUCUGCCGCGGUGACGUCACCCCCACCGUCUGUCAACAGUGUGUCACCGCCGCAGCCAUGAACAUUACACGCUUCUGCACCAACCAAACAGAAUCCAUCAUCUGGUACGACGUUUGUAUGCUCCGUUACUCCGACAACUUCCCCUUAAACAACAUAGUCCCAGGAAUGAACUUAAAGGCCGAUGAUAGCGUCCCCAACUCAGACCUUACCCAGUUCAAUGAUUUACUGUCAUCCACGUUGAAUGAUAUAACACAGAAAGCUGUGAAUUCUCCUUCGGAUAAGAAGUUUGCUGCAAAAGAAGCAAAUUUCACGAGCUCAAUGAAGCUCUACACACUGGCACAGUGCACGCCCGAUUUGUCCACUUUUGAUUGUAACAGGUGUUUCUCAAGCGCCAUUAGUGCUCUUCCAAAUUGCUGUAGUGGGAAACGAGGUGCAAGAACCCUGCUUCCGAGUUGUAAUAUCAGAUACGAAUUGUACCCAUUUUACAAUGCCUCGGCGGUAUCGACUCAACCAGAGCUUUCGUCUCCUUCAUCAGGAAAAAGCAAUAUCUCUAUAAUUGUUGCGAUUGUUGUCCCAAUUGUUGUUGCCGUGGCACUUUUCAUUCUCGGAUGCUGCUUCCUGCGUAAGAGGGCAAGCAAGAAGUAUAACAGUUUUAGACAGGACUCAAUUGGGGAUGAUCUUAUAGAUGUGGAGUCCUUGCAAUUUGACUUGGCUACAGUUGAAGCUGCCACAAACAGCUUCGCGGAUGAAAACAAGAUCGGCCAGGGUGGAUUUGGUGUGGUUUAUAAGGGUAUCCUCCCUAACGGACAGGAGAUAGCUGUGAAGAGGUUGUCGGUAACCUCCUUGCAGGGUACAAUAGAAUUUAUGAAUGAAGCUAUCCUUGUGGCUAAGCUUCAACAUAGAAAUUUAGUGAGGCUGUUGGGAUUUUGCUUGGAGGGGCAGGAGAAGAUGCUUAUCUAUGAAUACAUACCAAACAAAAGCCUUGAUCGUUUUCUAUUUGAUCCUGUAAAGCAAAGAGAGUUAGAUUGGUCAAGACGCUACAAGAUCAUUGUUGGUAUUGCUCGAGGAAUUCUUUAUCUCCAUGAAGAUUCCCAGCUUCUAAUUAUACAUCGUGAUCUAAAAGCUAGCAAUGUUCUACUAGAUGAAAACAUGAACCCAAAGAUUUCAGAUUUUGGCAUGGCAAAAAUUUUCCAGGCAGAUCAGACUCAAGUAAAUACAGGAAGGAUAGUUGGAACUUAUGGUUACAUGUCUCCAGAAUAUGCAAUGCGUGGACAAUUCUCUGUGAAAUCAGAUGUGUUCAGCUUUGGUGUCUUAGUUUUGGAGAUUGUGAGUGGCAAGAAGAACACUGAUUUUUGUCAAACUAAACAUGCCGAUGACCUCCUAAGCUAUGCUUGGAAAAAUUGGACGGAGCAAACACCUUUGGAGUUGCUGGAUCCAACCCUGAGAGGUUCUUAUUCAAGAAAUGAAGUCAUCAGAUGCAUCCAUAUUGGUUUAUUGUGCAUUCAGGAAAAUCCAUCCGACAGGCCUUCGAUGGCAACUAUUUCACUUAUGUUGAACAGUUAUUCAGUUACCUUGUCAUUACCUCGAAAACCAGCAUCUUUCCUGCAUGGAAGAACACCUAACAGGCUAAAAAAUGGGCUUCAUUCUGAUGAGUCCGCCACCAGUUCAAUUCUGUGGUCUAAUAAUGAAGUAUCCAUUACUGAAGUAUACCCUCGAUAAAGGAUAGGUUUUAUUAUGUUUUCUUCAAUCCAUCCACUUUAGGUUCAAAUCUUGUCAAACCAUGCCGUUAUGUUACACGUACCUAGUCAAUAUGUAUUGUAAUUAUUAGUGGCUAAAAAUAAUUCUGUUUGAUGAAUAGUAAAAAUUACGACCACUGAGUGCAGAUUCUUUUGGUUUUAAAUCCUUAUAAUCCUCAUGCUGGAUGCAAAUGCAGCAUAGAUAAAGGCAUGAUUCCCUUGGAGACCAUAAUAAUUUGCAGUCUCCACCAAUUUGUUUCAGAUCAGUAAAACAUAGCAAGCGCUGAUCGGAACCAGUUUGAUCCAUCAUUGGCCAGUAUGUUGAAUGAUUUAGUAGCAGAAGCUGCGAGUUCCCAGACACAUAAGAAGUUCGUCACAGCAAGUCCAAGACCCUGUAUGGCCUGGCGCAGUGCAUUUCUGGUUUUUGUAAAAUUAGGUAUGAACUGUACCCAUUUUACAAUAUAAAAGCAACAUCGUCUGCCGCCAAUGGUUCCUGCUCGCUGAUUAGGUAUGUUGUUCACAAAUGUUGUGGCUUCUCAUUAUGCUGGGAAAUUUGAGAGGAAGUUAGGUGCUUGAUAAUAAUGUCUUCAUUUUUCUGUAUCUGACUACUUUGUUCAGGAAAUAGCAAUGUCUUAUGUCCUUGUUAUUGUUUUCGUGGUGCUUUUCAUUCUGGGCUAUUAUUACAAGAUCCAUAAUGCAGCCCUGGCAGAUAGCAGUGACAUAUAUAUCGAAUUCUUACACAUGUAUAUGCUUUUUGUAGACAGAAUACUAGUAUCCAAGGAUCAGCUAUUGCUUCACAAGGUGAAUGAUCAUUCCCUAGUGAUGGAAUUCCUAAUUAGUUGAAUAUGACAUGAUUUUGUUCAAUAUGAACCAAUUGGAAGUUUUGGUCGUGUCAUAUCAGAAUAGGAUUUCUUCAUCAAUACUAAGUGACAGUUUUUAAAAUGAUUGUUAUUUGAAUAUUGAUGGUAUUCAUUUUGAUGGAUCAGUGGUUUAUAAUGUUUUAA